UUAGAGUUAGCGGUGGGUCGUGUCUGUCCUUCAGUGUUCCGUAAUUGUUAUUUAAAAAAAAAGUAAUACAUAUAUGCUGUAGUACUCACAUGUCAACAUAUCAGGAAAUAAGCGUAUGUUGUUCGGUUUCGUUCCCUUGAAAAAACACAAUGCUACUAACGCCUAUCCAUGGAGUAAGGAGUACUGUCCACUUCUUUAAGACUAGCAGAUGGACUCCACUUUUAAGGCAGCUGAGCUCCUGCGAUGGAGUACCUCCUGCAUUGGUUGAUGCUGAAACUAUCUUUGCGUUGUCAUCAGGCCACGGCAAGUGCGGUGUUGCUGUGGUACGGAUCAGUGGACCCGCAUCCGCUACCGCCCUCAGGUGUAUGGCGGGCCUCACUCGUAACCUGCCAGUUCCUCGCAGCGCAUUGUUAAGGAGCAUCACACAUCCCCAGUCGAGAGAGGUGCUGGACCGUGGGCUUGUCCUUUGGUUUCCAGCUCCCCACAGUUUCACAGGAGAGGACAGUGUUGAGUUCCACAUCCAUGGAGGUCCUGCUGUUACUGCUGCUGUCCUUCAGGCCCUUGGAAGUUUAUCUGGCAUGAGGCCUGCUGAGUCUGGGGAGUUCACGCGAAGAGCCUUUCAAGCAGGGAAACUUGACCUAACAGAGGUGGAAGGGCUUGGGGAUCUCAUCCAUGCUGAGACUGAGGCCCAGAGGAGACAGGCGCUCAGGCAAAUGUCAGGAGAACUUGCUCGUCUAUAUCAAGGCUGGACACACAACCUGAAACGGUGUCUUGCCCAUGUGGAGGCCGUCAUAGACUUCGGUGAGGAUGAGCUUAUUGAGGAUGGAGUCGUAACCCAAGUUGAUGGAAUGGUGCGUGACCUGCAGGUGGAGAUGGCAGGACACCUACGGGAUGAGAGGAGGGGUGAGCGGCUACGUAGUGGUGUGCAGGUGGUCAUCGCGGGUGCCACCAACGCGGGGAAAAGCAGCCUCCUCAACACGCUCUGCCAGAGACCCGCAGCCAUUGUGUCCCCCAUCGCCGGAACCACCAGAGAUGUGGUGGAGACGGCUCUCGACAUUGGUGGCUUUCCUGUUCUCUUGAGUGACACGGCGGGCCUCAGAGACAGCUGGGAUCUGGUGGAGAAGGAGGGGGUCCGUCGAGCUCGUGAAAGAGUUCAGCAAGCAGAUCUGACUCUGGUGGUUGUGGACUGUUCUCAUCUCCCCACUGACAUCCAGCAAGCUGCAGCCUUCCUUCAGGAUCACCUCCGAAGUGUCCUGCUCACUCAGGAGCAGGUCAACACAGCAUUACAGUCUGACAAAUACCUUGUGGUCCUGAACAAGGCGGACUUGCUGCCUGAGGAACAGAGACAAAUCCUGAAAAUGAAGUUUGGGUGCAUAGGUGGGCUCCCACCAGUUUGUGUGCUGUCCUGUCACACUAAUGAGGGACUUCAAGAUUUCCUCACGACACUCCACGGCAGAGUCAAGACUUUGUGUGGCGACCCUCUGUCUGGUGCCCCUACCCUGACCCAAGCACGCCACAGGGCCCACCUGCAGCAAUGUGUCGCAGCCCUGGAUCAGUACCAGCGAUACCGUGACCUCGACCUCGCCCUGGCGGCCGAGGGCGUUCGCUUGGCUCUCACCGGCCUGGGCCGGAUCACUGGAAAGGUCGGACCAGAGGAGAUACUUGAUAUAAUCUUCAAAGACUUCUGCAUUGGGAAAUAGUUGGGCAGGUCAUGUAAUAAUAAUGAUAAUAGUGCAAUGAUAAUAAUAAAUAGCACAGAGAAGCUGAGCUGCAUUCUUGCAUGCCCCCGGAGGACGGGCAGAGGAAGGUGAAAGGCUCGAACUUCAGCACCGUGCCACUUUGUGUCUCAUCAAAAGAACACAUUGCGUUCCUGGCUCCGAUCGGCUCUCAAGACACCCAAAUGUUUUGGGGGGGGUUUGUUUUUUGUUCACUGAGUGAGGAUUUGACAUGAUGCCACACACACAUGCUGCACAAUCUGUACGAGCGUUUGGCCAGUCUGGAGUCGUGUUUAUAAACAAAGUGUCAAUCCUUUGUUGAGUGAAUAUUUGGCACGUGGGUCCAAUAAAGGCACGUUUCUGUUGUGUAAUUGAUUGGCAGUCACAAAUCUCAAUUUGGAUGUUUGAAUGCACACUGACCUGGAAGAAGUUGUGAUUUCAGCUGCAUCCACAUAUUUUGCUGUUUUUGUUGGACUGCGAGUCACUGAUGGUGUAGUGGUACAUUUGCCUGCCUUUAGUGUGGGCAGCGUGGCUUCAGUUCCCACUAAGUGACCGGGUGAAUGCGAAUAUUGUGUUUAUACACGUACGUACCUUAUGACUGAAUGAUGACCAGUUGACCGCGUAUUCCAGCGUUUACCCCCACGACCCUGAACACAAUAAGCGAUAUAGAGAAAGGAUGGAUCUUUCAGUCUGAAAGCUGGCAUUCAAUUUGAGUUUUCAAGUGAAAUGCAUUCGGCUUUAAUUGGCUGUGUGAUUGAUACAUAAGCAUAAGCCAACAGAGUAGAUGCAGCAACUGCAUCCUGUAUUAUUGUAUCUUCCGCGUUCAAGUCAGUGAAUGAGUUGUCUUUAAUCUCUUCAAAUCAUGUAAUACCACUUUUAGAUUUGUCAUGUUCUUUCAUUAUUUUAAUUUCCAUAUUGAGAUGAAUGAAGUAUUUAUAAGGAGCACAUAAAGUAAAAACAUUUGUGUCUGGUAGAGUUUUUUUAUUUUGAUGUAAUCUAUUGUUGCAUGUUAAUUUGUAACGAAUUAAUUCAUUGUUGUUUUUUUUUAA